AGUCAUCAUCACAAUCUCUUCCUGCUUCCUGCGAAAUAAUAAUAAUAAUUUGCGGCGUUUCUGCGGUGGACCUGUGCGCUUUUUCUCAAUAUUAAAUGAGUUAUUAUGGCCGCGACUGGCAGUGGCGCGGCGACCGAGCCUCCCGGGCUGGAGACUCAGUUGAGAGAGAUCGAGGCGCUGCUGCGGGAAGAGGAGCUCCGGGUCGGGGAGAGCUGGUAUCUAUUGGGAAGGAGAUGGUUUGACCUGUGGGAUGAGUAUGUGAAGACCGGCGACCAGAACUCUUCUUCUUUUCCAGGACGAAUUGAUAACACAGAGCUCUUUGAGAGUUUAGAUUCAUACCGUCUGAAGGAGAGGCUGGUGGAGACUGAGGACUUUGUCCUGGUUCCAGCAGAAGCCUGGCAUAAGCUGCUGUCCUGGUAUGGCAUGGUUGAUGAUCAGCCUGCCAUGGAGAGAAAGGUCAUUGACCUUCCCAGUACUCUUAAAGUUGAGAUCUACCCUGUGGAAAUUUUCCUUUGUCUCCAUAGCAACAUGGAUGAUGUUGUGACAGAGCAGUUUAGCCGGACAGACACCAUAUUUGCCAUUCAGAAGGUGAUGCAGAAGCGGUUUGAGGUAGCGGAGGAUGCAGAACCAAGACUGUGGAUGAAGAGUUCUGACACCAGCUGUGAGAGGCUACGAAACAUCCACACGACUGUACUAGAUGCCUGCCUUUCAUCAGGCAUGACCGUAAUCAUGGAGUUGAGGAAUUCAGAUGGCACCUGGCCCAGCUCCAGACCCCAGAUCAUGAGGAAUUCUGUGGAUGAGCAGGACACAUAUCGAGGGCAGCCCGGAGUGUGUGGUCUCACUAACCUCGGCAACACCUGCUUCAUGAACUCUGCGCUGCAGUGUCUGAGCAACACGCCGCCGCUGACAGAGUAUUUUCUGCGGAAUUCGUAUCUGGACGAACUGAACUUUAACAACCCUCUGGGCAUGAAGGGUGAGAUUGCAGAGGCCUAUGCAGAUGUCAUCAAGCAGAUGUGGUCAGGGAGGCACUACUCUGUGGUCCCACGUAUCUUUAAGACAAAGGUGGGCCAUUUUGCGUCCCAGUUUCUGGGCUACCAGCAGCAUGACUCCCAGGAGCUUCUGUCCUUUCUCCUGGAUGGCCUGCAUGAGGACCUCAACCGCGUCAAAAACAAAGAGUACAUUGAGCUCAGGGAUGCUGACGGCAGACCAGAUCAGGAAGUGGCUGAGGAGGCAUGGCGUAACCACAGGAGGCGGAACGACUCGGUGAUCGUGGACACCUUCCAUGGACUGUUUAAGUCCACACUUGUCUGCCCCGAGUGCCACAAGGUGUCUGUGACCUUUGACCCUUUCUGCUACUUGAGUGUGCCCCUGCCUGUCAGCAAGGAGAGGGUCAUGGAGGUGUUCUUCGUUUCCCUCGACCCUUUAUCAAAACCUGUGCAGCACCGAGUGGUCGUCCCUAAAGCUGGCAAAGUGAUUGAUUUGUGCAUGGCCCUCUCUCAAACAACAGGCAUCUCUGCUAACCAGAUGGUAGUGGCGGAUGUGUUUAACCAUCGUUUCUACAAGAUCUACCAUGUAGAUGAGUCUCUGAGCUGUAUACUGGACAGAGAUGACAUCUUUGUGUAUGAGCUAAGCAGCACCUGUGCUUGUGAAGAUGAAGAGGAGGUUCUGCUGGCUGUCUACAUGCGUGAACGUUCCCACUACCGAGACUACGGCUCAGGGGGCAGCAACUACAGCACAACGCUUUUUGGCCAUCCUCUGCUCAUGGCUUUGCCGCGGGCUCAAUGCACCAGAGACGCCCUGUACCAGCUCUUCCUGCAGCGCCUGGCGCGCUAUGUUCGUCAGCCAGACCCAGCAGAGGAAGUGGAAGAAGAAGAAGAGGAGGAUGAAAAUGAUGGAGAAGAGAAUGACGAUGAGGAGGAAUUAUACAAGAAUCAGGCCAAUGGAGUGACUGGAGAUGAGGGUGAGGAAGACUCUGAGAAGGCAGGCCCGUCCACGAGACAAGAGCAGUCACAGGAGAAUGCUCAGAACGAUGGACACAACAAGAACAACGUCCAUUCAGAGGCCAGUCCCAGCAGUGAAGGGGAGGAGAGAGCAGAUGAGCAGGAGGAGGAGGAAGAGGAGUCUAACAGUGAACCGGACCGGGGCAGCAGCACAGAAGAGGGCCAGUCGGCCUGUGGCAGCACGGACACCAACUCCCAGGAUGCUGCUGAUGGGGAGCAGGGCGCUGCAGAGGCUUCUGGGAAAGAGGAUGAGGAUGACGAGGGAGAUGAAGAGGACGCUGAGCCCAUUGCUCAGGUGAACAAGAGGGCUUUGGCUAGACGGUGCUGUGCGGAGAAGAAGAGGAAGCCACUCUUUACUAUCCAAGCAGUGAAUUCCAAUGGCACCACGGAUCAAGGCAUGGCAGACGGAGGCAGCACUUUUUCUUCCUGUUCUCCACUGUAUGUGGCCAUUGACUGGGACCCUGACAUGAAGAAAAAAUACUACAAUGAGAACGAGGCGGAGAAAUAUGUAAAAGACCAGAGCAUGGAUGUCCCUCAGCAGCAGACCACAGUGCAGCUGCAAGAAUGCAUCGAGCUCUUCACCACUGUAGAAACACUUGAAGAGGAAAACCCCUGGUAUUGCCCGACGUGCAAGAAGCACCAGCUUGCGACUAAGAAGCUGGAUCUGUGGUCUCUUCCUGAAGUUUUAAUCAUCCACUUGAAACGCUUCUCCUACACCAAGUAUUCCCGCGAGAAACUGGACACCAUUGUUGACUUCCCUUUACGACAUCUGGACUUCUCUGGUUGUCUCCUGAGGAAAGCAGGGACUGACUGUGAACCUCCCAGCAGAUAUGACCUGAUCGCUGUAUCGAACCACUACGGGGGCCUCCGGGACGGACACUAUACCAGCUACGCUCGGAACAAGGACAAUGGGCAGUGGUAUUAUUUUGAUGACAGCAAGGUGACCUGUGCAAAGGAAGAACAAAUUGUGACCAACGCUGCCUACCUUCUGUUCUACCAGCGCCAAGACAAGAUCCGCCAGCCGACACUUCCUCCACCUGAUAAUCAUAUCACUUCCACUAACCACGACGGAGUGGGUGGAGCCAUGGAGAUAGACUGAAACAGCUCCACCGAUGUCCGUUUUGUUUUGUUUGUUUUCCUUGCCUUCCUGCCGUCUCCCUCUUUAUUUGUGUUCUCUCCCACUCUCAGGUUAAUGAGGGAGGUUUUUUUAUGACUAAUUAUUGUUUUGUUUUCAAAGAAAAACUUGAACCUUCUGCCUCUUCUCUAACCAAAACGGGUAAGUGGGAGGCAGGGGCUACUCUCUCAGGCUGGUGCGGAGGCAUCAUAGAUAGGGGACUGCAGGUUGUAGUUAUUCCUUCUUCACGAGAAGCGCACAGGGACUGGUUGGGCCGGUGGAGGCAGAUCCGCAUACCACAUGGUUUGUUUGUGCUGCUCCAUCGUGGUGUUUUUUUUUUCUCUUCUUUCUUAGAGAAUCUGUGCAGGCUGGGUGUGCCGCUGAGUUGUGGUUCACAGCCAUUCAUCACUGGAUCCAUUCAGCGACUGCUUCUUCUGAUUUUCAGAGCAAGAUAAGCUGCUUUUCUUUCAGCUACGUGCUGGGCCUGCAUUCGUAUACAUGCAGAACUGAUCAAGAUCUGCACCCUCAGUCUCGCUUUAUGAAUCAAACUCGCAACCUCAGAACUAAGGGAUAAACUGCAAAGCUAAGUUCAUGGUUAAGCAGGUUAACUUCAGACAUUAAGCCUAGUUUUGCAUUAAAAUACACUGUUUGAAGAAUAUUCCUUUUUUAUAAAGCUAGGCUUAAUCUGAAAAAUAGGACAAUACUGGCACUUAAACACAGUAUCAGCAGUAGAGGAUACCAGUGAGGUGUAGCAACUUCUGAAGGCUGCCAGUAGAUAGAGCUUAACUGAAGCAAGCAACAGCGUCAGCGGUGUGGGAGUAUCGCGCUUCAGAAGAGCAGUAGGACAAAUCCUCACUGCAAAAUAUAAAACAUCAGAAUUUGUAGGAUUUCCACGACCAGCAAUGAUUUUGAUAUGUUAGUAAUUUAAGAUAAACCAUAGCAUUGAGCACAGCAAUGUUUUUGCAGCUCAGAAACUAUUCAAAUGUGAAGAUAACAACCAAUAAAUGUCGUAAACAUUUUAUUCGACAUAGAAUGCAUACCGAAAAAAUUGUGUAAUUGCAUAAAUUUAGGAAUUUAUAUCCGAGUAGUUGUUAUGUAGACAUCGGAUCGGUACUGGUAUGUUUGUGGUAUCGCUUCGGAAGGGAAAAAGUGGAUUCGGUGCAUCCCUAACUCAGUGGCCCUUUAUUCAGUUUUACUCAGUUAUCCUGGACUGCAGACGUCUUGCUAAACCAUGAAUUCAGCUUCACAUUGUAUCCUUUUAACCUCAGUGCUGUGCUUUUUUUUCUGGGAUUAUUUUUCAUAAACAUUAAAGAAAUGCUUCACCGAAAAACCGAAUUUAUACAGUUUUCCCCUUACGCCACAGUCGAUUUCCCACAAAUUCUUUGGUUUCUUCAGAUUUGCACUGAAGCUGUGAGGCUAAUCUAGCUAACAGGUCUUACUGAGUGCCAUGGACUUUUGUAUUAACCUCGUAGCUCCAGUACAAAACUAAAGAACUUCAGAUGUCAAACAUGUCUUAACUGAUCAGCUAUGGGGUUGAGGGGAAAAUUGUGUGUAUUUGAACCAUUCCUAAAAAGGAGUAUUUCACACAGACAUGCUAACGUGACUAAUAGUGCAUAAAAGCUAAUGGUGAACCAGGUAGCGGAACAGUGCCAAUGCAGACAGUUUAACUGGUGAGUUUCCACUGAUGUACUUCAGUCCGAGGCUGGGUUGAUCUGUAUCCUGAUACUCACGUAUUAGUUGUGUUAUUAUGUUUUCUUGGCUUCAGAAAAUGCUUUUCAGUAUCAGAGCUUUUGAUUGUUCUGUUAUGUCUCUAUGGAUAGGGUUUUUUUUUCUUCUGAAUGCUGGAAAGCAUGCUCUAAAGGAACAGAUGAACAGAAGUGCUGACAUGACUAAAAACGAAAGCUAGUCAGUCAACAUUAUGUGUGUAUAGCCUUUAUUCGCUGUUAGUAAUGUUGGUAUUUUUGGUUAAACUGUCCUUUUAAAGGUUAUUUUUCUCCUUUCUCACACUUAUAUCAGGGACAGAGUGGUCAGAAAUUUAACUGUUGCAGUAUGAUUUCUGUGAACCUCUAUUAGCAAAAGGCGCAAAAGUAUUUUAGGUGACUGUGUAAUAUAGCUUUGUAUCUACUCACUCGUGAACUAUUUAUUUUCUUAACUGCCAGAUGUGGAUAAUGAGUGAGUUUUAAUUACAGUUCCAACACAUCCAUGUCUCUGCUGUCAAAGGCAGAAUUCAAAUGCUUCCACAAUUUUUUUUUCUCUCUCGUUGUCAUCUUUUUCCACUGUUGCAAUGUCUGGAAAAGACACUCUGUUGCAGGACACAAACAGAGACAUAUUUUUCAGCCGUAGAUUUGUAUUUUUAUCUUUAAUGAAAGGGUUAGGGUUAAAAACAAAAACAAAAAAAGGAGGCUACAAAUAUUACGUUCUUUUUCAUUAAUUGCGUGCAAUUUAUAAUUAACUCUUUGGAGCAAUGACAAUAUUUCAGUGCUUUCUGGAUAGAGCUCUUAAUCAUUUUUAAAAUGCAUAUGUACAGUAUUUUUGUAUUGUAAUAAAUAUCUUUGAUCAUAUGGAUCAGAUGCUGGGGGUGGGUGAGCUUUCAUUUUUAUUUUGUUAAUAUAUGGAAUAUAAUUGUAUACUCAUGUUUUGAUAUGAAUAAAUGACGAUUAUAUAUAGUAUUGAGGUAGAUUCUACGCUUUGUAUGAAACAUCUGACUUCCAUCAACUCAUUUUACCUCAGAAAUAGAAUCGGGGCUCUUUUUUUUAUGAUGCUAUCAGUAAUCCUCCCUGUACUUACUAAAUGUUAACUAAUGUCUUUUUAAUACACUCAGUAUUAUCAGUUAUUAUUUUGACCACCCUUCAACCUGUUAGCACCUUCCUUUUUGCAUCCACUGGGAAUGGGCAUGUUCUUGAUUUGACCUGUUUCUCAAUUACAUGAGCAGUUUAAAAGAAAAAACAAGGGCACAGUGUCAUUGAUGCAAAGCACCAAAAGCGAGUUGAGUGCUAACAGCACCACCUUGUGGAGAAUCUUCAGCCUGCUAAACGUGAAUGCCUUUCACGCCAGAUCCACGAAGCGCUUUGCGUCUAAAAAUCUCCAGCACCCCUCUACAUGACAGCUGCACACUGAACAAGUUCUAAUUUUUGCACUUUUGAAUUAUUGGUGUUUUAUAUCUGCUUUAAUGACAGUGAAUGAGCUAAACUUUUACACCUCAUUUUCUGCAAUCAACGCCACUGUGCUUUUUCCACAUAACCCUGUCUUCCAUAUUUAUACAAAAAAACAUUUUCUUUUUAAAUAUGCUCUGCUGCUGGAGGAAAAUUUGUUUCAUUUUUUGUCUGGUCUUGUUUGAUUUCGGCCUUUACGUAAAACAGCAGCACUUGAACCAGCGAGUUCUAAUAGAGGAUUACAAAUUUUUAAGCACCACAGUAAAUGUCAAAGCAGAUUAUAAUAAACAUAUAUAUACGCCACAUUUUCCAGUUUCAACCAGCAGGAAAAGACGUUUCCAAACACAUUCCACUGGCUUUUUAAUCAUUAGACCUAGGCUCAAGAGAGUUGUAUAUUGCACAAUCCUGUAAUCUACACAGCAUGUGCACAAUGAACAAAUAUAAUGAUUUAGAAUGGAUUCUUCAUAGUCCUGUGUGAAAAAUGCUUUGAUCAAGCCUUUGGAUCAGUCCACACACUGGGAAGCCAUUCUGUAAAGAAAGUAUACGUUAUAAAAUAAAGAAUUUAUGUAAUGAG